AUGGCCACAACCCUCGCCAGCCGUGUCUCCAUCUCUGGUGGAUCAUCUAGGAUGUCCUUGUCCUCCGGAGGUGGCGCUCGUAUGAGUGUCAUGAGGGCCGGCAGUGUCUAUGGUGGUGCUGGAGGAUCCGGCGUUCGCAUCUCCAGCGGUGCUGCCGGUCUGGCCCUGGCUGCUGGUGGCGGUGGUGGUGGUGGUCUUGCUCUGGCUGCUGGUGGUGGAGCUGCCUUUGCCGCUGCAGCAGGUGCCGGUAAGUUCACCAUGCAGAACCUGAAUGACCGUCUGGCCUCCUACCUGGCCAAGGUGCGCUCCCUGGAGUCGGCCAACGCCGAUCUGGAGAUGAAAAUCAGAGCGUUCCUGUCGGCCAAGACUGGUCCUGCUGCCCACGACUUCUCUGCAUACAUGGUCACCAUCGGAGAACUUCAGGCCAAGCUCAUGGCAAUCAUCAGCAUCAGGGGAGGAGUCGUGCUGAGCACUGACAAUGCCAAACUGGCUGCAGAUGACUUCAAAGUCAAGCUUGAGGCUGAGCAGGCCAUUCGUCUGUCUGUGGAGGCUGACAUUGCUGGACUCAGGAGGGUCCUGGAUGACCUCACCCUCUCCAAGUCCGACCUGACCAUGCAGAUCGCCUCCAUCCAGGAAGAGGUCACCUUCCUCAAGAAGAACCACCAGGAGGAUCUUCUGGCUCUGCGUGCCCAUGUCGGCUCAACAGUGAACGUGGAUGUUGACGCUGCUCCUCAGGGUGAUCUCAGCGUAGUGCUGGCCGGCGUCCGUGAGCACUAUGAGGCAGUGGCCGCUAAGAACAGGAAGGAGCUUGAGGCAUGGUUCCAGGCCAAGACGGAGUCGCUCAGCAAGGAAGUUCUCAGCAGCACAACGGUUCUUCUGACAUCCGGAUCAGAACUGGCAACCUACAGGGGCACAGCACAGUCCCUUCAGAUCGAGCUCUCCGGCCUCAUCAGCAUGAAAGCGUCCCUGGAAGCCAGCCUGAUGGAAACAAAGAGUCGCUUUGCAAGCAUGCUCGCCGGCUUCCAGGUACAAGUGGGAGGCCUUGAGGAGCAGCUUUCCGCUCUCCGCAUCGACCUCGAGCGUCAGGGAGCCGAAUACGCCCUGCUGCUGGACAUCAAGACCAGACUGGAGCUGGAGAUUGCAGAGUACAGGAGACUGCUCGAGAGCGACGCUCACGCUUACGUUGCGUCCUCGUCCCUGUCCUCCUCAUCCCUGCUGUCCAUGGCCUCCGCUGCGUCAAAAGCAGCAGUAAAAGUCGUAGCGGCUCCGGUGGUCACUACCAGGACCAAAGUUAUGACCGUGACGGAGGAGCUGGUUGAUGGCGUGGUGGUGUCCUCCUCCUCCACCGAGUUAGUGCCAGCAGUAAAGGCCGUUGCAGCUCCAGCUCCCGUGGUCACCUAUUCCUCCCUGUUGUCCACGUUAUCUUCCUCGACCGUGUCAGCGCCAGCAGUAAAGGUCGUUGCAGCUCCUGCUCCCUUGCUCACCAUUUCUUCCCUGAUGUCCACAUCCUCUUCCUCAGCCGUGUCAGCUGCAGCAGUAAAGGUCAUUGCGGCUCCAGAGCCCGUGGUCGUAGCGGCAGCAGUGGAGGUCGUAGAGACAGCAGCAGAAAUCGUAGCAGAGGCUGCAGCAGAGGUCGUAGAGGCAGCAGUAGAGGUCGUAGCGGCUCCAGAGCCUGUGGUCGUGGCAGCAGCAGUGGAGGUCGUAGAGACAGCAACAGAGAUCGUAGUAGAGGCUGCAGCAGAGGUCGUGGAGGCAGCAGUAGAGGUCGUAGCGGCUCCAGAGCCUGUGGUCAUAGCAGCAGCAGUAGAGGUCGUUGAGACAGCAGCAGUGGAGGUUGUAGAGACAGCAGCAGUGGAGGUCGUAGCAGCAGCAGUAGAGGUCGUUGAGACAGCAGCAGUGGAGGUUGUAGAGACAGCAGCAGUGGAAGUCGUAGCAGCAGCAGUAGAGGUCGUAGAGACAGCAGCGGUGGAGGUUGUAGCAGCAGCAGUGGAGGUCGUAGAGGCUCCAGAGCCCGUGGUCUCCACCAGGACCACAGUGUUAACCAUAGUGGAGGAGGUGGUUGAUGGCGUUGUGGUGUCCUCCACCACCUCUUCCGUCGUCGGAGUCUUCAAGAGCAACAGAGGACCUCCAGUGACAAUGGCCACAACCCUCGCCAGCCGUGUCUCCAUCUCUGGUGGAUCGUCCGGGAUCUCGAUGUCGGGCGGUGGUGGCGCCCGUAUGAGCAUCAUGAGGGCCGGCAGUGUCUACGGCGGUGCCGGAGGAUCCGGAGUUCGCAUCUCCAGCGGUGCAGCUCUCGGUCUUGGCAUGGGGCUCGGUGGCGGUGCAGGUCUGGGCCUGGGUCUCGGUGGCGGUGGUGGUCUGGCCUUCGCUGCUGGUGGCGGUGGUGGUGGCGGUCUCGCCCUGGCUGCUGGUGGUGGAGCUGCCUUUGCUGCCGCUGCCGGUAAGUUCACCAUGCAGAACCUGAAUGACCGUCUGGCCUCCUACCUGGCCAAGGUGCGCUCCCUGGAGUCGGCCAACGCCGAUCUGGAGAUGAAGAUCAGAGCGUUCCUGUCCGCCAGGACUGGCCCUGCUGCCCACGACUUCUCUGCAUACAUGGUCACCAUUGGAGAACUCCAGGCCAAGCUCAUGGCAAUCAUCAGCAUCAGGGGAGGAGUCGUGCUGAGCACUGACAAUGCCAAACUGGCUGCAGAUGACUUCAGAGUCAAGUAUGAGGCUGAGCAGGCCAUUCGUCUGUCUGUGGAGGCUGACAUUGCUGGACUCAGGAGGGUCCUGGAUGACCUCACCCUCUCCAAGUCCGAUCUGGCCAUGCAGAUCGCCUCCAUCCAGGAAGAGGUCGCCUUCCUCAAGCAGAACCACCAGGAGGACCUUCUGGCUCUGCGUGCUCAAGUUGGCACUAAAGUCAACGUGGAGGUUGACGCUGCUCCUCAGGGUGACCUCAGCGUUGUGCUGGCCGGCGUCCGUGAGCACUAUGAGGCAGUGGCCGCUAAGAACAGGAGGGAUCUCGAGGCAUGGUUCCAGGCCAAGACGGAGGCGCUCAGCAAGGAAGUUCUCAGCAGCACAACGGUUCUUCUGACAUCCGGAUCAGAACUGGCAACAUACAGGAGCACAGCACAGUCCCUUCAGAUCGAGCUCUCCGGCCUCAUCAGCAUGAAAGCGUCCCUGGAAGCCAGCCUGAUGGAAACAAAGAGUCGCUUCGCAAGCAUGCUUGCCGGCUUCCAGGUACAGGUGGGAGGCCUUGAGGAGCAGCUCGCCGCUCUCCGCAUCGACCUCGAGCGCCAGGGUGCCGAAUACGCCCUGCUGCUGGACAUCAAGACCAGACUGGAGCUGGAGAUUGCAGAGUACAACAGACUGCUCAACGGUGAUGCUCACGCAUACAUUGCGUCCUCGUCCCUGCUCUCCUCGUCCCUGCUGUCCACGGCCUCUGCUGUGUCAACAGCAGCAGUAGAGGUUGUAGCUGCUCCGGUGGUCACUACCAGGACCAAAGUUGUGACCGUGACGGAGGAGCUGGUUGACGGCGUGGUGGUGUCCUCCUCCUCCACCUCCUCCGUCGUUGGAAGUUAAGAUGGCCGCUCCAUCAAGGUCACCGAACUUUACUGGCUCACUUCAAUGCUCACAGCUUAGGCUGCCUCGUUGCUGAGUUGCCCUAAGGGCAAGGUAUCAUAUUCAAUCUGCCUCUCUCUGCAAUGUCGAGUCAGAAAAGUUUCCAAUA